AUGAGGCAUCGAAAAAUCAAAAAAUUUAAAGAGAAAACGGCUCAAGAUCUUAUACUUAAUAUUGAGGACAAAAAAACUACAUUAAGUAAAAGUCAGUUCUAUCAGCAACUAAAAGACACAAUACAAGAUUCUCUUUCGUCGUCAAUUAGAUCAUCACUUGUAGAUAUAGUUUGUUAUGGAAUUGGUAGUAUAAAAGAUUCGCGUAUUACUCAAUUUCAAUUCUCAUUGCUUUUACUGCUACGAGAUUUAUUUCAGGCAACAUCGUUGGAUUUCGAGGUGUUGGUGUAUUACGGGAUAAUUUCGAUCGAAGAAAACGAGAAAGCAAAGCGUAAAAUAACACAGCCUACACUUUUCUAUAUGCCGCAUUGCCCAAUUGGGUUGUAUAACAAUCUGAUUGGAGCAAAUUGGCAAAGAUAUAGUUUAACUAAUAUGUUAUUGAUAGGGAAUCGACUGGAAUUUUAUGCGGAGCGCUCGACUGAUAAUACCUUAUGGCCUGACGAAACGUUCAAUGAGACGUGUUGGCAUUGGUUCCCGGCCAGUAAAAUAUUAGCGCGUUGUGGAAAGAAUAUUGUAGAUGGUAAUGAUGAUGAAGAAUUCUGGAGAUCAAAGUGGACAAAUCACACAGAGGAAGCAGAUGAUCCUGAAAUUAUUUGA